CAAGUAUUUGCUGUGUCCCUUAAUGAUGACGCAAACACCAACUUCACCGGCUCGGUUUGGAGUUUUCAGGUCUAAAUUCUGGACUUUACCCCACUAAACACACGCUGGGCGAGACAAGGUGAAGCUUUAGGUGAGAGAGAAUCACGAAUUUUUAUGUUGGACGUUUAUAUGAAUGUUUGUACGUUUAGUGUGUCACGUGUUUUCUCCAGCUUGUGUUUACAAACAGCAUGCUAAUGCUAACGUUAGCUCUCAGAAAUACUUAAAAACCAAACCAAACGGGACUUUAGUGGCUGCUGGGGGAGUUCUUAUGUGAUUAAAAUAUUAAAAUAUGUCAUUAUCAAUAAAAUACAUGCACUUAAAUAUGAUUUUUUACUAGAGUUUAAUCAUAAAAAGUGAAAGUAAACUUCCAAAGCUCUUGUAUGAGAAGAUAUUACACAUUAAUAUUUAGAAAAACAGUUUCAGCUCCAUAUUAAUGUCACUAUUACAUUAAAAUCUUUAAAUCAAAAUCACAUUAAAAUCUGUUUUAACUGAACAUCUUCUCACAGGACAGUCCAAACUCUGAAUGGAUCCUAAAAUUGGAGUGUAAGGGGUCAGAGAGUCUCUGAGGUUUUAAGAAGAGGACAAACUGAUAAAACUCUAAAUAUUAAAUAUUCUGUACAUUUCUGCUCCAGCUGAAGAUUUUAGCCGCCCAUCUUUACAUCAGUCACGGCAUGAUAUUGUUGCAUCUGUUUAAAAUAUUGAUAAGUGGAGCUCAGUCCUGCAUUAGUCUGUUUAAAGACCACAUUAUCACUUAUCCACUAGCAAGUCCCUGAACAUUAAGAUCUGAACAGAUGUCAGGAUUUAAAGGAAAACAUUCCCCUUCAGAGCUGCUGUCACAUUUCUGCCCCUGAUCAGCUUUAAUGAUGUUUAAAGUUUAAUCUUUUUACUGUGGAACCUUCAGCAGGGCUGGGUGAUCUGGGAAAAAGUUGAUCACAACAUAUUUUUUUUAGAAUACCUCUGCGACAGUGCUGAUGUAAAACCUCGAUUCCCUCUGUGUUAUAGCUUGGACUUUAACAGGGCAUGAAGUUUUUCUCAGGGACAGGAAUCUCAUUCUUAAUACUGAAUCUUGUUGAUGAAUUAGUGUUAAAGUUGUGACUUAGAUGUGUCGAUGAUUGACUUAAUUUAAUCUUUGAUUUAUUGACCAUUUUUGUUUAUCGUCUCAGGCUCCAUAGAGGCUUUAAAAAGACAAGGAGUUUAUAGUACUUUUAUUUAUUUAGUUGUUUGGUGAUUUGCGACAGCCUGUUCAUGACAGGCAGUGAUAAAUUUUGAAUUAGUAACAUGUGUCCUCUGUAUUUCUGUGACUGAAAUCUAUUCAAUCAUUUAAAAAAAACAAAAAACAUCUGGAUAGAAAACAGAUGAGCUUCUCUGCUCAGGCCUUAUGCGAGAACAACAGUUAUGUAAUUGUUAAAGAUGGGUUUCUCCUCACUGCCGUUUGGUCGUGUAAUGACCAAAGUGAAAAUGAUGACUUCAGCUUCACGCAAACGUGUCAUCAGGGCCAUGUAAGAACUGUAAUGCUCUAAUACAAAACCUCUCAUUAGCUGUAAGUACAGGCUGAGCAGAGUACAGCAGAGAAACUCAGACCUCAGUUAGCCCAUACUAAUGACCGUCCACUGCAGCGUGCUAACAUCCUCACAGAGCUGACACAUGUUCCAGCAGAGCACAACAGCAGCUCCAUCUUUAACAACAUCCUUUAACACCACCUGCUUCAACACUAAACACACACUCACUUCAAAACACCACACAGUCUUUUCCAGCAUUUCAAGUCCUCAGCACCACAGGAAGAAGAUCUGCAACUACAUUUAUGCAACAUGAGUGGAGAUCAGAAAGGAUUUUAAAGUUCAAACUGCAUUUUUUAGAGAUUGAAAUACGUUUAUUCACUUUAAACAAAAAGGCGGUAAAGUGUGUUGACGUGUUUACUAGGGGUGGGAGAAAAAAUCGAUACAGCAUAGCAUCGCGAUAUUUUGGCGGGUGAUACAUCAGUGUUCCCCUGCAUUCAUUGAAUUACGUGCGCCGCUACUGAAAUUUCACAUGAUCAUUCAUAACAAUGCACCACUAAUGGUUUCUACUUGCACUGUGUGAGCACAACAACACACAACGUUAUUUCAGACUUGUUUUGAGUCGAUUACUGUAGGGCUGCAACUAACGAUUAUUUUGAUAAUCGAUUAAUCUGCCGACUAUUUUAAUAACUAAUCAAUUAAUCGGAUAAACAGGCUAAAUUCAUCAAUGCAGCUGUUAAUAGCAAUAGCAUAGGGCUUUAGUUUAUCAUAUGAGUUUAUCUGCCAUGAGGUGUUGAAGCCUCUGCAUGUGUAGGUUACUGACUUACUGUAAUCAUCGGGUCUUUCUCGUCCUUAUAAAAACCUGCUCUAUUUCGGCGAGUGUCUGUCUUCUUCUGUAGUCAAACUGCAAGAUAUCAAAAGCUACCCGGAUACAGCAAUGCUGCUUUUUGAUUGGCUGUUCAGUAGAUAUACUUUAUUUGAUUGGCUUGCGCGUGGCACGCAGCUUCUGAACUCUCGGAGAAACUCAGUUGAUUUCCCCCUGUUCCAUAGUUAAAGAGGUGCAACUUGGUGGACAUCACCGUGUUCAUUUAAAUGCGUGAGAAAUACAAUGUGUGGUGUGUGAGCGUGUGAACGAGUGGGAGUGCGUGUGUCAUCCGCUGAAUGCGUAAGACUUGAGAGCCCUGUGCUCACGCAUCAUUGAUGUACUCCCGUGCCAUGCAAAACGGGCUUUGCAAAUGUUGCACUGAAUGCCUUCCUUUUCGGUCUUGGUAAAGUUUUCCCACACCACUGAUGUUUUAGGUCGGGAUUUGGGUUGGGUUGUGUCCAUGUUUUUCUCAGCCGCUGCCUCGGCCAUGGCUGUUUCUUUUCUGUGCGUCCUGCUGAUGUUUACACGCCGGUGUCCAUGGACAUAUAUAAAGACCCGACGAAUCGAUUACAGAAUUAGUUGGCAACGAAUUUUUUCGUCACGACGAAUCGACUUAAUCGAUUCGUUGUUGCAGCCUUAGAUUACUGAUUAGUCUCAAACAGGCUAAAAUUGACCAAUUUGAUCAGCUCACUGAUAAAUCCAUCGGGCCCUAUAAGGUUUGCAAGAUGUGCUGAAAAUAAAAUACAGCGUAAAUAAGACAAACAUUAAGGAAAGACAAAAGUGAAAUUAGCUAAACAGUUGAAAAAUUGUAUAAACCACAAUAUAUUGUAUCAUAAUACUCAUUGUAAUGCAAAAUGUUUAAAAUCGUAAUAAUAUCGGAUCGUGGCCCAAGUAUCGUGAUAAUAUCGUAUCAUGGGGCCACUCAUGAUUCCCACCCCUGGUGUUUACGGCGUAUUUGGAGUGUAAAGUAACACAGUUAGAAAACAAUGGCUCAUUUUUCAGUCUGUAGAUCAAUUUUAUUAGAAACUGGAGGAUCUGAACUCGUUUCUUCUUGUUUUUUAUCAUUAUGUAAGAGCCAAAUAUGUUGAUAUGAUACCAUAUUAUGAGUUCACUUUGGUUGCCUUGGGUGUUGCUGUCUUGUCGUCUGGGGGCUCUGGAAUAAAGGUCAUCAUGUCACUGUUGUGGGCAGGUGUUUGACCCGGAAGGGCAAAAGGUCUUUGACUGUUGUGGCGCUAACUGCCGGCAUUUUCCUUGUUCGUUUAGUGUUGGAUAUCAAUAGCAAAAUGGAUUUGGUUAUGUUCAUCGCAAUACAUUUUUUGUUUGCUGAAUCUGACGAACAGACGGACUUUCAAUAAUCAUCACAACUCAUGGUAAAACUCAGUCGCGCGGCGCGCCAACCAGGUUAUUCUGGGUCAAGCAUCUCAGUAACGUUAAGUAUUGACUUAGCUCCUACACAUUAGUUCGAACAGGUUAUUCAGUCUUUUCAUGAAAUGUCCUCUGUAGAGACUGAAUUUUCACUCGACCCUAAACAAAGUCUCUCACUAUUAAAUCCAUUAGCACUCAGUGGAUCCCGCUCGUUCUGUCCCUUAGCUUUUCAGGCAUUCUCCCUCUGCUCCUCUCCCUGCUCUCCUCGCUCCUGCUCCUCCCUGUUUAAGUUAUCUGGUUAUAGAUAAAUAAUAGUCACACUUUUUUACAGCAUUAGCAUCAGUUUUGUUCCUGACGGUUUAGCUAGUUUCAGUCCUGAGUGAUGUUUUCCUCAAAAAUUGACCUUCUCCUUGUCGUUCCCGGUGUAGAAAGCUUUAAAAGAAGACUCUUUGUGAGUCUCACCCCAGCUCUGUGUGUAGUUGUUAAACCCUGAUUGUGUAACUACUGUUUGGGGGAGCUGACAUUACCUUAUCAGAUUAUUCGAAGGGGUUUUAUAAUUUAAUGCCACAUCUCUUGCUCCAGCUGUAUACCAGCUGACAACAGGAAGGCCUUGUGUGUUUUGACUCCUGGGGGGCUCAGAGGUCUCUUCAGGCCAGACCUUAUGAGGUCUGUGAUGGUUUACAGAUCCACUUUGUAACUCAGACCUUAAAUAUGUCUUCUAUUCUCUGGAUGAAACAAUGGCUCACCCCCCCUGCUAAGGCUGUUGACAGAUCAUUAGCCUCAUAACAGAGCGGCGGCUGAGGAGCCGAACCCUCACUCAGGAGGCUCUCUUGCUCUCCUCCUAGUAGCUGCUGUUUUCAGACUGACACUUUAAAGCCUCGGUGAGUGAGCAGAGGUGAAGUAUUAGCUGGCACGUGAGCUGCAGGCUGUGACACAUGCAGAGACCAUGAGGUGAGAGCAGCUGGAGCUGUUAGGACAGAUCUACAGCAGGUCUGAGGAAAGUAGAGGGAUCAGGACUUUACAGGAGUUGAUUAUUUUUCAGUUUUAUAGUAAACUGGAGGCAGAAAAUUAAGUAAAUACCAUAUACUUUAAUUUAUAAUAAUUUAUGAUAAUAAAAUAUAUGAUAAAAGUUCUGACUGACUUAUUGAAACGUACCCACAUCUCAUUGUAAAUGAAGUAACCUGGUUAGGAGCCUCAUCUCUGUUACGAACAUAUGAGCCUGGUUUUUCACACCUCUGUGUAAUUGAUAUUCAUACCAGGAUGAUUAAAAACAAUUACCCAUGAUUGAACAUCUGCAUCACAUCCAUUUAAACCACUUUAAAACCUAAAAACUCUGAACAGGAAGUGAGAAAAAAAUGGUCUGUCAAUCAAUCAAUCAAUCAAUUUUUAUUUGUACAGCCCUUUUCAUACAGGACCAUGUAGCACCAGGGUUGGGUAUUGUUUGAUUAUGAACGAUUCUGAAUCUGAGUCUGAUUCCUCUUUUCGAUUCUGGUUCCUAACGAUUCUCGAUUCUGAUUCUUUUAAAAGAAAGGAUAUUAAAGAAAAAAAUGUAUGGUUUAAAUGAGGGCGCUAAUUGAAGUUCUUCUUUUUGGAUGACAUUUUUGAACUCCUCCGUGAAUUUUUAAAUUAUAUUAACUUUUUAAGAACUUUACUAUGAAUUUCUCACAGGACGAUUUUCAACCAGUAUAUUAAUAUCAGUUUUUGUUGUCAGGUCGUUUGUCUAUGAAAAAGUACGAGGGCUAACGUUAGUUGGAUAUUUAAGUUAACCCACCGUACACAGUACAAUUUGUUUGCCUCUUCAAUGUUAGCAAAAGACAGAAGUAAUUUAUUGUUUUACUUCUCUGAUUCUGACUGGUUAGUGGGAGACCGGCGAAGCCUGUCAAAUAUGGGCACUCAGGUUUUUCUCCUCCAUGAAUCCUGAGGUGUUUAAUCAUGUUGGUCAUUCACCCUCCUUUACAUGAUAUAACUGUGUUGCUAAUGUUGCACUGAGAUAAGAGUUCAUUCUUCCUGCUUAAGUUAGCCAAACAUAAGCUUCAUCCUCAUUGGUGUUCGGCGGCUAUUUCUUCCGGUCGGCGGACUCCAACAUCGAAAUUUGGAAUCGAAAUUUUAAAAAUUUGAACGAUUCCGUGAGAAUUGGAAUGUUAGUCCCGGUCCCCAUCGAUGCUCAAGAGUCAAUGCCCAAUCCUAUGUAGCACAAAGUGCUUUAGACAGAAAAAGGAAUAAAAGAAACAAAGAAUACCCAAAUUUACCCCAACCCAACCCCUCAUUCCCACCCCACGAUCUAAACUUAACAGAAACCGUAUUAAAAUGCAUCAACUUAAAAGGGGCUUGAUUUCGUGGAAACAGGAAUGUGCGCACUGAGGAAACGCCAUUUAAAAACUCAGGAUAAGGAAACACUGGAGGUUUAAAAUCGAAAAACAAAGUAACAUAAAAUGAAAUUGAAGAAAUAAUAAAAUGAAAUAAAAACAAGAGUAAAAGAUACUAAAAUAAGAGCACCAAAAUAGCUCAAUAAAAGAUGAUCCUGUCAUUUAAACUAGAAACAGAUAAAUGCUAAAACAUUUAAAGUGAAUAAUAUACAAUUUAGUUAAAAGUAAAACUAAAAAGGUACGUUUGCUUUUUAAAUCAUCAAGAUUGGUUUCAGUCUUCAGGUCUCCAGGUAAGCUGUUUCAUAGACGGGGGCCAUAGUAAUAAAAAGAUGCCUCACAGUAUGUCUUGGUUUUAGCUUGAGGUAAUGUUUACAGAGAACUUCCUGAACACCUGAGGGUUCGACCUGGCUCAUAAGGUAAAUAAGAUGGGCCAAAGCCAUUAAGAGUUUUAAAAACCAAUAAAACAACCUUAAAAUCGAUUCUAAAAGAGACGGGUAGUCUACCUCUCAUUUACUGUUCUAUUCUGUCCCUUGGCUUUACAGACUCUUACGACUGUUGCUGCUUUAUUCAGCGGAUCACCUGGUUAUUCAUUUACCUGGUUUCUAAUUAUUAUUUUUUUUGGCUAUAGGGAUGCACAUGUCAGUGCGUGAAGUCUCAAUCCCGUCGGAGCCUGACUCCUCCUACUUCCUGCGUGUUGACUGCAAGGGGCAGAGCUUACGUUCAGGCUUCAAGUUGCUGCUGACUGACGGGCAGGACGCCUGGAGAGGAGAAGGUACAAACAUCAUCCGGCGUGGACUCACAACUCUUCAUGUCAUGUUUUAAGCCAGCAGUUUCAUGCUGGACCACCUCACCUGUUUGACCACACACACCACUGUUGUUUUCGUCAUAUUUCGUCAAAUAUUUUCGUCAACGCCAGCGUCAAAAAAGGGAAAUAUUUUCGUCAACCAGAACAACACUGGUUGUUUUCGUUGACGAAAAUAUUUCCCUUUUCUUCCACGACGAAGACGUUACGUUGACGAGCUAAACAUAAGUCGGAGAUGACUAAAAUGUGACGAGAUGAAAGUGCGUUUACGUUGAUGCGACGAGACAAAAAUGACGAACAGAGUUGCAAAACUCAGUCAGUUAAACGCUAAACAUAUAGGAGCAGCUUCAGUCCGCUCUGACAGCUCUCAUCAGCCUGCUGUGCUCCUCUAACACAGACACACACACGCGCGCGCACGUGGAGCUUUGUUUUCGUUGACGAUGACGUUGACGAAAUUAUUUUCGUCAACGUCAUGGUUGACAAAAACAACACUGACACACACACACACACACACACACACACACACACACACACACACACACACACACACACACACACCUGUCCGUGUUCACCUGGUGACCUUCAGAGUGUCUGUUGUUGACCUUUCAGCUGCGCAGAGAAAGAUUUAUUACUCUGAAUCCUCCUGAACAGAUUCAAACUUUAUACCUGUCUGUAACGGUGCUCUGCAGGACUCGUCUCAAUAUCCCUCCUUUUUCUUUUUAACUGAAUGAACAUUUCUAACCUGCUCAGUGAGAGACUCAUAUAUUUAUUUUCAUCAAAUUAAGGCAUCAUGAUGGUUAUUUUUUGACGUAAAGGGAAACAAACUCUUUAUUUUGAUCUUGAUCUUCACAUUUUACUUCAGUUCAGAGUUUCACUGUCCCUCAGAGGAAAAUUUGAUUUUCAGAUGGUCGUAUAAGAACUGUUAAAAACACUCAAUUUACAGAAACAUGAUGCAGUGCAGUGAUGAACAACUAGCAUUACUAUUUAAGAGUAAUAAAAAAAUGUCAAUAAGAAUAAUGAUGUCUUUAAUUUUCUGGUGGAUUAAUCUGUAAAAUAAAACCAUCCAAGUCAUAUCAUCAUGGCAAGAACUGAGUCUAAUUCAAUCCCCGUCGGCCCAUUUUUGCACAUCUCAAGUAUAGGGAAGUAGUUUGUAAGUAGUCGGUGUGUUUACAUGCACAGCUUAAUCGGACUAAGCUCAUAAUUCGUUUUUUUUUUGCCGAAUCAGACUUCUCUCCUUAUCGUAUACAUGCAGCUGAGAAAAUUGAAUUAUUGAUGUGAACGUGUCCUCCUCCCCAAAACUAGGGGGCGAUAUGGGUCUUUUCAGCAGUGCUGUUUCUGACCCCAUACAACCGUCAACAACAACAGCAGUGGAGUUCUCUGACUCCAAUCAGAGUUCUCAAACUCUGAUUAUAGUCGGACUAAGGUGUUUACAUGCACUUCAGUUGUCAGGUCUUAGUUGGAGUAAGCCGAUAAUACGGUUUUCUCGAGUCUCAUGUAAAUGUACUGAGUGAUUGGCAUGUUGUGUGAUAACAGUACGCCCUGAGCUCAUCAAAGUUAACAGAAGUCCAUGUCAGCGGUUAAAUUCUCAGUCUAAAUUGACACAUUUUUCCACACUGUGUUCGGUAUUUCUAUGUUUUUAUGCUCAAACUCUUUGGUCGAGUCUGCAGUCCCUCCUCUGAAUAACCCAGAAAUCAUGUAUCGACACAUAAAGUCUCCUUAACUGUAAGACUGAGGACUUAGAUCAUUCUCGGUCUGUCUGUGGUUUCACCUCCUGACAGGCUGCACCUUUACUCACAGACUGAGAACUAAUUGAUAAAUGAAUUUAUUUAUAUUUUGAGUUUACUGCCUUUUUUUCUGGCCCACUCAAAGAAGUACUCUGGUUAAUUUGUCACAUCUGUUAUGGUUGGACGUUCCCUCUCCAUCCAGCUCAUCAUAUCCUGUUUCGAUCCGUCAGGCUUAGAGUGCACAGUGCAGCUCUGAGUAGCAGAGAGUGGAGAUGCUGAGAGUAAAUCUCAGUCACAUUAACAUGAAGAGAGCCGGAUCAGACUGUAUAGAGUAAGGCUGCACGAUAUUGGAAAAAACUAACAUUGCGAUUUUUUUCAACUCUGUGAUAUAUAUUGCAAUAUUAAAAAAUACAGGAAUUUUCACCAGAUGACCUGAAUAACACUUGAUGUGAUGCUGCACUGCUGAAAUUUUGAGGACAGUUAACCUGCACUGAUCUUACCUCUUUUUGUGAAUGUUAGUAGAAUGGUUUUUGUUUGUCUCAGAGAUAUUUUUAGCUUUUAUUGUGCUGGGACGUUAUUGUGGCAACAGAUAAACACAGAACACGUUUUAGUUGACAUCCAUCUUGUAACCGAAAUAAUUCCAGAUAACUGACUUUCCUUUUCUUUUUGGCAACAAGUCUUCAUCUUCUGUGGUUUUCUCUGUUUGUUGCUCAGUUUGCGAUCGUUGUUGUUGUAACCGGGGUGCUGAGAAACGCAUGUCCUCUGAGAAUUGCAUGCACCUCACAAAACGCGCACUGCUUGUAGUAGAGUGGUCCACCGAAAUGUACAAUUUAAAACCCAUACAGUUCUUAUUUGUUGGGUUAAACAGUGAUGAGUAAUGUUCCAAAAGUAAUUCUCAGCGGACACGCGUUUCUCGGCUCAACUCCGGUUGCGGCAGCGACUCACUCCAUGUGCAGAACAUGUGCAGGGGUGGGUUUCCUCCUCUCUGAUUUUGAUUGACAGCUGGCAGGGUAGUCUGAUCGGCAACUGAGUAAAGAACGAAGGUGAUUGGUGGAUCGCUGCACAGCACAUGUAGAGUCACAUGCAGUGUAUCUCAGUCAGUUACCCUUGAAAUUUACUGAGUUCAUUCACCUCCGACAUUGCAAGCUCUGCGAUGUGACUAUUGCGCACACGUAAAUCGCGAUGGCGAUGCUCAAACGAUAUAUUGUGCAGGCCUAGUACAGAGAUGUUCUGAGGCUCAUCCUCUUGGUAUCUGUCUCUGCAGUGAGUGAAGCAGCGGUACAGGAGGAAGCUGAGGAGCUGGAGAUGCAGACUGAGCGCUACAUCCAGGACCUCCAGCAGGCUCUGACUGAGAAGGACUCCUCCUCCAUGUACAGCUUCAGCCUGACGCCGUCUUCACCCACCGGCAGCUCCUCCGUCACUCUGGCGUAUGAGAAGGUCCAGAAGGACAUCUGUGUGAGUGAAGCUCAGAGUCGCUCAGAUAACCGAUCGAUGUUUAUUUAAAUUUCCCUCGGGUCAAAGGUUAAUUCAAGAAUGCAGUCCUGUGUUUGGACUUUGCAGGAUUAUCACUGAAACAUGAGUUAAUUGUUGACUUUUCAGUCGUGUUCAGAGGUGUCGAUGGUCACAUGACGUCAGCACCGUCUCUCUAAUCCAGCUCCGAUGUUUCAAACUCCAGAGAAAAAUCAGUUUUUAUUUCCAGACCGAGUGGAGGAAGUGAUGAAUAGAGUGUGAAACUGGAGUCAUUUCUCACCUUCAGCUGCUGCUAGUCCAGAAACUUCUUCAAACUGACCCAAUACAAAACAAGCAGAUAAUAAAACCAUGUGCUCCACAUCUGUGGACACCCUUAAAAGAGAAGUGUUUGAGAUCUGAGUGAUUCUGUUAUAUCAGAGUAUAAACAUCCACAGCUGCAGACAACUGUUCACAAAUCAGCACUCAGGUUUUCAGGUCAUUAAUAAACAUGUUUUAACUCUGGUCUCUCCAAAGGGUUUUAGGGCUUUAAUUUGGAUUGGAUAACGUCAGCAGGAAGCUCUAAUGCAGACUGUAAUGACUGCAGUACGUCCUUUAUAGAGAUACAACAAUAUGCAUAUGAACACUCAUGAUAGCUGCCUGUGUGAGACUGUUGCAUCGGCUGCACAAAUCCUUAAGAAAGAACACAGCGCAAACAUGAGAUUAUGUAAUCUGCACAUGGAGGCAGAGAAGAAGUGACAGGAGCAGGAAUAACAGUGAGAAUAAUAAUAAUAACUUUAUUUAUACAGCACUUACUAAACAGGGGGUGACAGCUGACACACAAAACACAGAAGAGUCCAAAUAGAUUAAACCAAAUGAACUUGAAGCAGUAAGAGCAGGAGCUAAAGACAGAAAGGAAAAAAAAUGGUCAAUAUUAGUGCUGGGCGAUAUGGGAAAAAGUUUAUCACGCUACAUUUUUUUUUCAUAUCAGUCAAUAUCUAUAUAUUUACAUAAAAAAUGAAAUGUAACAGUGUUUAUCGGUAGCAUGUCCUUUGCAAUACAAUAAUCAACUGCAUCUUUGUGUCUCUUUGACGUUUUGUCGUAAGGCGUUGCUCUAGAGAAAGGUCGGCUGUUUCGGCUGCAUGGGCGCCAUGGGCUCCUUGCUCCUCUCGGGGUUUGUAACCUUUUGAGUUGCACGUGCUCUGCGGCGCGGUGCUGCUUCAGGUGGUGAAAAAGAUUUGAGAUAUUCCCCGACUUUGUGAGAACAUGUACUCAACAUAAUUUGCAGUUCACAUUACUCUGCUUCAUAUCCGAGCUCAAAAAAACAAAAUACCUCCACACCACCGACGUUUUCAUGCCAGUGUUGUCGACGAUGUCGUCAUCUGUUGAGCCUUCAUGGUCAUUUCUGUCAGGGGGUAGCACUCAUGUUCUUUUUUUCUCACCAACAGUGCUGUCGGCUUCACCUGUUAAAGUGCUAUGCUUGUGUGUAGCUGCUGUCUGCUAUGACGCAGUUGUUUGAUACUUGGUUCUAAUUCAGCACAUGAUUGGUUCAGUGCAAAACGGACCCAGAGCAACUCCCCUUUUCAUUGGCUAUUUGUAUAGUCUACCAUAACGUGGCAGAAUGCCAAGCAUAUUGACCAUGUUUUAUAUUAAUAUUGAGGGAAAUUAGUUUUCAAUAUUUUUCGGUAUUGUUAUAUCGCCCAGCCCUAGUUAGCAUCUUUCAAAAUUUCAAACAGCCCAGGGUUCAACUGUGGCAGAGAGAUUUAAAGACAGGCUGAUAGCCCAAGUCUGCUACUGUCCACACCUGCGCGAUGUCUCGUUUCUGCACAGGAGCAAGCGUGUCUGGAAAUAUCAAUAUAUGCACAUGCAACAUGUCUGCAGAGCUGGAGGCUGCAGUUUUAGGACCGCAGCUCUGGGAUUGCAUCUUUUGGGCUAACUUCAGGGUCUCACUUCCAGUCCAUCAGCCUUCUUUACACUAACCCCCAUUUUCCACUGAAUCUGGAACAGCUACGAAAAGGCUGUAUCUGCCGAUCGUAGCUGAUUGUCACCAUUCAAGUUAACGUGUCAAUUUCCACCGGCUUCUUUCUGUUCCGCUGCUGAUUGCCGGACUCCGCAGCUGAUCGCAAGAGUUCUAUUUUUUCCGAACACCGGAGCAUGCCGGAUAAAUUCAGCACAGAUUAACCCGUGCUGGAAAGGAAGUCGGGCACAGACACAAAAUAAAACAUCCAGCUUCUUUUCAAAAUAAAACACUCAGGAUGUUUCAGGAGGAUUACACACCAUGCAGACGGGUGGAGACAAACAAGUGAAAGGUUUUUAGACGUCAUUUCACCCCGAUGACACCAUGAAUGAGGAGAUGCUGAUUCUAGAACUCUAGAAGUAGAUUUCCUCCUCUGGAAGGACACAAUCUACUGCUUAUGCCUAUGUUGCUGUCUUUAUGGAGACAACUCAUUGCGUGAUUGCACGUGAAUCUGCGGGUUCUUGUAAGUUCUUGUGAUUUCUGCUGUCCAAAAUCCACCACGAAAUUUGCCUCACCAACGGAUCUUGUAGGAAUUGGCGGAUGGCGAAAAUCGCCACCAUACUGGAUCGGAGCCGUUCCGGUUGCGGUUGAAAUUGGGGGUAAGAGUUGUAGAGUUGCAGUCCCAGAAUUGCAGCCUGUGGAUCUGCAGUAAGACAAAUUUUAGUGCUUGACAGUGAAAACCGACCAGUGUACCUAAACUUAAAACGAUUGAGACAGUGACUCACAGAUUCUUCUUCUCCUUUCCCUGCUGUCCUCGUUAAAUUUAUAUGACAAACUUUAUGAUAACAUUGUGUUGGAGGCUGGAGUAACUAUUUAAAACUCAAAAGUCACACAGAGAAAAAUACCGACAAAUAAAAACGUCAGUUUUUGGUCUAAACGUGUUUUCAGACACAUAGAACAACAACCUGAGCCCGUCAGUGGAAAACUCUGAUUGGAUGGGUUCGUAUGAAGGGAUUGUAUUGCGGCAGUUACAGCCUGUAUUCCAUGUGGUAACUGCGGGGCCAAAUCGGAGCCUUCUUGGACCUGUUAGACCUCGACGUAUGUAAAAGUCAUGGAGUUCCCCUGUAGUUCAUCGGAUCUGUUUCGACUUUAUUUUGCCAGAAAACAGAGUGAACCUGAUGGUGUGAAGCAACAGACUGAAUAAUCCAGCUCAGGGGUCAGCCAUGUAAACAGGCGCCCUCAUGAUGGAGAUACAAAACCCCCGUUGCCAUGGCAGUUAUGACAGAGUGGAAAGAGAAGUGUGUGGUGUUGCAGCAGAGAGGAAAUGAAUCGACACUUCUGUUUGAGAAAAACGAGUCAGAAAAAGUGGAUUUACAGAAGUGUUUGGGGUGUUUCUUUUGCAACAUAUAAAAACAAGCAGUAAUUCAUCUGUCAUAAAGUUAUGAGUCAUAAUGAAAGGCUGGGAACUAAUGCCGCCUCAUUCCCCUCUAAUCGCACAACGCCUAAAGAGACCAGAAGUGAGACUCGGACAGGUGUUACCUGAGGUGUAAGCAUACCAAAGCUGUGUGCUCUCACUCACUGACUCUGCUACCGUCAAGGUCCCGUCAGGAUUGUUUAGGUCUCGUUCAGACAUUUGGUUUGAAUGACGUUUAGUGUGUUUCACAACCUUUCCUAAAUUUUAUAGAUUUGAAAACUUAUUCUCAUGGCUGUUGGAGUAUUGUGCAGAAAAAUCACAGUCAGAUGUUCACAGCGGUUACAUAAACAAAGAAACACAACACAUCUCUCACUGGAAACAAAGUCAACGUCUUCAUUGUAUUCCGCACUCACACAUUUGCGUUUGGCUGAACAAUAAAAACAGAACAAGAAAAAAAACCAUCCACUGUACAAAACAAGCACAUUAAAAACCAUUAUAAACAAAACAACAUCAGUGGAAACGAGCAGCCCUGUGAGGGCGGGUUUACCGCUAACAACAGCAUGUUGAGUCUCCCACGUUAUCAAAGCUCACUCUCUUAUGCAGGGGUCUCAAACUUAAAUGAGCGGGGGUGGGGGGGGGGACCUGCUGGAACUGUCAUCUCAGUGGGGGGCCACUUCAGUGUUCAAGACAAGUACAAAAAAAACCGAACAAAAAAAACACGAAUAUUACUGAAAACGGGGGUUUAUUAAUAGUGUGUAAUAAUAUUAAAAAAUAUUAAAUAUACAAUAUUCUCUGAACCAGCGCAACCAGUCCAUUUUUUUGCCAGUCAUGGGCGGUGCACCAUCGGUUUUAAUACCCACCAGUCUGUUCCACUGCAGACCAAGCCCACAGUUGCUGAAAUAAAUCUUUUGCUUUCAUGUGGCCAUGCAUCGGAAACACACUCAGCAACUCUUCUGUCACCUCAAACCUGUCAUCCACACCCCUGAUGAAAAUUGCAAGAUGAGCAUUGCCAGUUGCAUCAGCACUUUAAUUAAGUGCCACUGAGAAUACAGUGAAACUUUUUGCUUUGUCCCAUCACUAUUUAUAGAUAUCCAAUCCAAUCCGCUUGAUUUCUAUAUCACAUUUUAAAAAACAUUCAAGUUAACCAAAGUGCUGCACAGUAGAAUUGAAAGAACAAACACUGCAGAAAACAUCAAGAUGAAAUAAAUAAAAGCAGGUAAAAAAACCAUUUAAAAUUAAAAUAAAUGAAACAAAAACACAAAAGCAGAAAAGAAAUAAAAGUAAUAAAAGGACCAUAAAAAGACACAAAAGGACAGAGAUCACACAACUCUCAUGCUGAGCUAAAAGCCAAGGAAGCUUUAAGACAUGAUUUAAAAGUAGAAAGAGUGGGGGAUGUUGUAAUCCCAAGUGGCAAUUCGUUCCCCAAUUUGGGAGCCGCAGCUGAGAAAGCUCAGUCGCCACAGGUUUUCAAACAAGUUUUAGGAACGACAAGUUGGAGCUGAUCAGCAGACCUCAAGGAACGUGUGGGGGUCUACAGAUUUAAGAGGUCAGAGAUGUUCUGUGGUGCUGAUCUGUCUAAGGGUUUAAAAACAAACAAUAAAAUUUUAAGACGAAUUCUUAAAUGAACAGGAAGCCAACGGUGGGACACCAGAAUCUGAGUGAUGUGAUCAUGUUUUCAUUUACCUGUUAAAAGUCAAGCAGCAGCAUUUUGGACUAACUGUGAGUGUGCGAGGGAAGCCAAACCAUCGGGUAGCAAACAGGAAAAAAUGUCAAGGCUUCAGCAAAGACCGGAGGGAUGAUCUUCUUGGGAUCACAAAUGUCUGUGUCACUUUUUAGUUUACAGUCUCAUAUUUACAGUAUUAGCAUUAAGUGAAAACUGAAGGUCUCCUUAGAUUCUGGGGUUUAUCCUCUGGAGAGCGGCAAAAAUCUUUUGUCAAUAAAUUCGAUCACAGCUGAGAUGCGUCUAAAGUUUAGUGUGUCUAAAGUCGGCAGAAGGAGAAAAAUAUGAGGGGUUAAUCCAAGACCAAAGGGGUUUGUCCUCAUUGGACUAUGAAUGUUGGUACGAAAUGUAAAUAUGCAAUCUCAAAAACCUGUUGUUGGUCCUUGGGAAACAUGAACGUCAAGUUCAGACAUGAGAGAAUUUGUUCUUAGGGAUGUGAAUCUCCAGCAUGGAGAAAAGGAAAAGUCAUGGUGUCGCUGAAGUUAGUUUGGUUCAUCUCCCGGGGACCAUGAAUGUCCACCUCAUCAUUUUGUCGUUUUCAAUUUGUAGUAGACAAAAAAUUGAUGUUCUUCUGGUCCAGUCUAAGGAGUACAAGGUUUUUCAAAGUCCUGAAGAUUCGUCACGAGUUUAUUUUGACGACUGUUGACCUGAAGAGUGUUCAGAUGUUUGACUUUGAUCUAUGAAGUAAUGGUAGCUUCUAUACAUUUACCUUCUAUAUGCCUCAGUGUCGUCAUGUCUUCUCCUACAGAAUCUCUCACACCCUCCAGUCCCUCCGUCACCUCUGGUUAUUUAGGGGCGUCUAAUAUUUGCCAGCGAUGACUUCAGCCCCUCUCAGAAACGCAGAGUGAAUAAAGGCUGCAGAUGGAAUCCCCUCUGCGUAGUUUCUGUGGAAAACUCUUCCUGUUGUUUUUUCAUCCGAUCGUAACACUCAAUCAGAAGUCGACUCUAUAACUUCACCACAAACAGGGACCUCAGCUGGUAGACGGAGGCUGGAGUGCUCAGUCCUGGUCCAGGUUAGUUUGGAGAAUUUGGCUGAAGCCCUGUUGAUGUGGGCAAAGGUUUCCCAUGUCGUCAUAGAGACGCUACUGUUUGAAAAGCUGUUUCUGACUCACUGAUUCACUCUAAUUAGCUGCCAGACACUUUUAUAAGGGGAGAGACUUGGAGAGAGCAGCUCCACCUUUCCUAAACUGACUACAGAGUGGGUGAUGUUGGUGCUGAUGGAGAGCUGGUGGAUGUUAAAGUCGUCUGGAAAGGUGCUGACCACAGCAGGAGGGUGACACACCCCAAGACACAUGUCAGAAAUGACGAUCACAGCUGCUUAUUUUAGAUCAAAGGUUCGAAUGAGCAGGAAGAGGACUUUAAAAACAACGAUUUGAGACUAUCAGCACUAGUCUGAACAAGAGUUGGGUGGUAUUAAGGUAUUAAGGUAUACCGGCGGUGUCCUUUUAAAGCAACAGUAUCAGCGCCGGCGCUAUGUUUUGUAUGCCUGGAGUGUUAUUGCCGUAACUCUGUCAAAGUUUGUCCGACCAGAAAAAUUUCAAUGGUGUGGGAAAGCUGAGCAUGCACACAUAUAAGAUUUACGGUGAUAGUCGUAGCAAUAUGAGGUAGGCAGUCAUUGCAAAACACAGGAAGUAUUGGCAGAGUGCUACACAGCUUCUCAAUACCAUAACUCCCUGAAAGUUUGCUCUAUUUUAAAAAUUCUUAUGCUGACUGACAGCUAAAAAAGUGUGCUUUCUGUCAAUAUAUGAUGUUUGGUAUAUAUUACGUAAAUCUUGAACUGUACCACCAAAACCGCAACUUUGACAGAAGACGAGGGAGAAAAGGAGAGUGAAGUAACCCGGGAAUCCCACUGGAUCCAGAACGGCUCCACUCUGGACCGGCAGGCGGAUCAGAUCAGCAAGCAUACAGCGCCCACUGGAUCCGAUCUGCCACCGGAGGAGAAGCGCCCGCAAGAUUACCAAUAUUUCUCACGAGACUGGACGAGAUCUCACGAGCUCUUGCAGGUUUCCCCGGGAGUCAUAGAAUGAGAUCCGUGUAUAUAAACGGCGGUGUAUAUAAACAUCCCACAACCCUGACCUCUCCUAUUAUCAAGUGAAGAACUGUUCAACAUGUUGACUUUAUUUUAUUUUGAAAAUUAACCAAAUAUUUUACUCUGUAACCGCAUACAACUUCCGCUGCUGCUCAUGCUGCCCUGCACUGAAUUGAUGCGCCGUGCCCCGGUGGCUGGCAAAAAUAGAAGACUUGCGUAUCUGAUCCAGCCGCCGGAGCUGAUCCGCAGCGGAGCCGGACGACGGACGGAUUCUGUGGAAUCACACACAUUGAUUAUAAUGCCUGCAUAUUUGAUCUGCCUGCCGUGCCGGAGCGGAGCCUUUCCGGAUCCUGUGGGUGUUGCCCGUAAGAGAGUGAAGUAAGACAGAGCAAGCAAAAUUGUAUUUUGAUUUUUAGUUUUUGAACGGUGUCGACAUAAGCCAACAGUUUGGUGACGCUGUCUGAGCCUUAAGUCAUAAUUUUGUAUUAGUCAAGGUAAUACUGUAUACCGCGGUAAAAUGUGGAGACGGUAUGGCGGUAUCAAAAUUUGGAUACCGCCCAACCCUAGUUUGAACAUCAUCAGACAUACAAACAGGACCUCUCUGCUCUCUGCUGAUCAUCUUCAUGUCUGAAUUAAUUAAAAAAGUCCAGAAGCAGUGGUGAAUCUGAUUGUUGGAGGAUAAUGGUUCAAAAGUUCAGGUCAGGUACAGUAACCAGGUUUUUCAAGUCCUGGUUCGGUCCACUUUCAUGUACAGUAAAUAGGUUUCUCUUUGACUCGUUGUCUAAAGUGCAACAUCUACAGUUCAGGCUCACGGGCCUGAACUUUGACCCUGAACUGUGACUUCAUGGGGCCUAAUUGGGCAAAUCUUGUAAAUUUACCAGUAGACUUACAUUCCAGCUCUCACCCAUGGCCAUGAGCUGUGGACAGUGACCAGAAGAAUGAAGUUCAGGUACGAGCUGUCAGAACAAGUUUCUUGAAGGUCCAAGAACUCCGACCUCCAGAGGGGGGUCAGUGCAGAGCAGUGACUGGAGCAGUGAGGGCGUCAGAUGUCGCCCUGUGAAGGUGUUCGGGGUGUGGUCAGUCAGAAAGAGGCCAGGGGUGAACCCGGGGUUCAUUGGAGCCUUUGUAUGUCCCAUCUGGCCUCGGAGCCCCUUUGGGUCCCACAGCAGGAGCUGGAAAACAUUGUUGGGUAGAGGGAGGUCUGGGUUGACCUGCUGGGACCAGUUCUUUAAUAAGCAGAGGAAAACAGGCGACAGUUCUCAAUAAGAGGUCAAGGAAAAAGUAGAUGAAGGAGCCAUGUCUUCAGACGUCCCACAGUUCACACAGUAAAGGUCCUCACACACCGGGAACAAUGCAAAUAUACGACGCGAAGUUACGAAAUAUUCAGAGGCAAAUUUUGAUGCCCCUGACUAUGCAUAUCCAGCGCAAUGGGAUUUUGCAACUUUCCGGGGGGAAAAAAAGACGUGUCCCGGGUGGAAGCGAGAAGACUCACCCAACAGCAGACUGAGGGUUUUUCAGUUCUGAUUAGACACUAGUGUUGAGAUGGCUGUCUGUCAUGAUAGCAUGUACCACCAGUACCACAUUAAAAUAAUCCAUAAACAUAAGGUAACAACUGAGACCUAAUGGUGCUGUGACAGCAACGCUGUGAUUGGGUUUGAGACAGUGAAAAUACAUGUGGUUGUAUCUGAACAGGUUAGCUUACGAGCUAAAGUUACUUAGCACAGAUGAAAGUUAAAACAAAGACGUUUAGCAAACUGUUAAAGCACAAAAACCAUUGUCACAUGAGAAAUCGGACGCUAUGACUCUCUACAAGUUGUCUUUCAGGUCUUUAUCUUUGUAAUGUUUGUGUUUUAUAUUGAAAAGCACUCUGUUCUCCGACGUGUAAACAAUUAGCCGGUCGGCCAUGUUGGAUAUACCGGUGAAUCAGACAUCACAACAACACGCAAUCUGAUUGGUCAGAAGUGGACACACAGUAUGCGAAACUUUAGAAAAAUUGACCGUGAUCCGAAAAAUAAAUGCCGCAAUAUCGCAGAACGGGAAAACGUCGCUGAUGUGAACGCUUGGAUUGAGAGGGUACGGGUUCAGAAAAAAAAAUAUUGAUAAUAUUAUGAUAAUUGCACGAAUAAUAUGAUCCCAGUGUGAAAGGACCUUAAGGUUGCACGAUAUUGGAAAGAACGAACAUUGCAGUUUUUUUCAACCCUGCAGUAUAUAUCGGGAUAUAAAAAAAUACAAGAAUUUUUACCAGAUGACCUGAAUAUGAAAUUUUGAGGACAGUUAACCUGCACUGAUCUUACCUCUUUUAGUAAAUGUUAGUAGAACGGAUUCUGUCUGUCUUGGAGAUAUUUUUAACUUUUAUUGUGCUGGGAUGUUAUUGUGGAAACAGAUGAACACAGAACAGUGUAUUGGUUGACGUCAUCCUACUUGUAACCGAAAUAAUUCCAGAUAACUGACUUUGCUUUUCUUUUUGGCAACAAGUAUUCAUCUUGGUUUUCUUUUGUUUGUUGCUCAUUUAGCAAUCAUUGUUGUUGUUACCGGUGUUGUGCUAAGAAACGCAUGUCCGCAUCUACCUUGCAAAACGAGCACCACUUAUGGUAGAGUGGUCCACGGAAAUGUACAAUUUAAAACCCAUACAGUUCUUAUUUGUGAGGCUAAACAGUGAUGAGUAAUGUUCCCAAAGUAAUUCUCAGUGGGUACGAGUUUCUCGACACAACACCAACAGCGCCAGCGACUCACUCCAUGUGCAGGGGUGUGGUUUCCUCUGCUCUGAUUUUGAUUGAUGGCUGGUAGGGUUGUGUGCUUGAGAACUGAGUAAAGAACAAAUGUGAUUGGUGGAUCACUGGACAGCACAUGCAGAGUGACAUGGAGUGUAUCUCAGUCAGCUACACUUGAAAUUAGAUGAGUUCAUUCGCCUCCAACAUCGCAGGCUCUCCUAUGUGACUAUCGCACACACAUACAUCGCAACGAUGAUGCUCAAACGAUAUAUCGCACUUAUUUAAGGAGCUGAUGAUUUCAGAGGUCAGCGGUGAUAGUCCAGGUCUGGCCUGGAUUAUCACCAGGCCGGAGUCUUCAUCUGUCAGUCAAAGGGACCUGAAGUUUGGAGGCUCUCUAACGGUGUUUGAUAAUCAGGGUUUGUUUGUCACAGUGACAGUGGGUUGAAGUGAUAUCAUGAUCACUUAAUAAAGGGAUCAUGGACCCACAGAAGGUCCUCACCCUGCUCUGCACUUCCCCUCAACUCGAACUUCCUUUAAUCUUUUCGGCAUUCUACUGAUUUUAUGACCCACUCAUUAAACUCUCUGCCAGCAGCACCGGGCAUCUGUUUUUCAUGAAAAAGCUCUUAAACUCCUGCGCACUACUUGCACAGACCUCAGUACAGAGAGAGAGGUGCAGCAAUCGGUUCAAGACACGAAUGUUGGUCUGCAGAUCCAGAACUGAAGAGAGUCCUGAUUCUGGAGUCACUGGGCAAGAAAACAACUCCAUGAUAUGCCAUUAUUGGGCUUUGCUGCACUUAAGUCACCUAAAAAGCCAAAAUGAAAAGAUUAUUUUAAUGAAUGCUUUCCUUUUUUAAAAAAAGUCUUAAAGUCCUGGUUGACGAUCUGAGAAGCAGUUGAAAAAAACUGAGCCGUUGAGGCAGAUUUGAAAAAAGCGUCCCACCCCCCAAACACAAACCUCUCCCCUCUGUGCUCCACGAUAACUCCCCCCCGAACCUGUAUCGCCCUACCCACGACACACCCCCUCUGACAGAGCAAGAAGCCGGCCGCCAGAAGAUCCUAUGCUAGCUUCAAAUAGGAUUCACUAUGUUAGUUAGUGACUAGCGGCAGUAAACGCCAGCUCUGCCAGCGAGCGCCAUCUGCAGCUGCCUGGACAGCUACCGUGUUGACAUUGCAGAGACUACUAAGAGUUAUUUAUGUAACGUCUGCCAUGAUAAAAAGUGAUAAAAAUGACCUGUUUAACACAAAUUCUGCUGUCUCGGCGUUUGCUUUCAGGACCAAAUCCUGGCGGAGCUUUCUCCACCGCUCGAAGGAUGACCCGAUGUUUAUUCCAGUUAGAUUCCUUGCUUGGUCACAUUUCCUCUUGGUCUCCGCCCUUUCUUCUGUCGGCUUGCGUUUUCUUCCCACUUUUGGCGGUGGGGCCAGCAGAAGUGGGUUUUUUUUGCGUCUUUCUCCAUCACAGCUCCAGUAGUUAAGCUGCUACGCUACUUUUAGCUGCUCAGAGCUCCGAGGAGGGCCGGGAGGGGACAAGUCGGAACUACGGGAGAGGUAUGAGUAGAGUACAGCGAGGUGAUUGGAUGAAGAGGCGGAGCAGGAGAUUGACCAAUAGAAGCUGUCUGGGGCAGAUAGCUCCCAUUGGUCAGUGUUUUUGCAGCCCUGCACCUGCUCGGGUGAACAGAUUUUUUCCGUUCUUUUUUCUUUUCACUUUGUGGAGAUCGCACUACAGGACCAUUAUUGCCAUAGAAAUGAGGGUCAUAAUAAUUACCAGUCUCUCCAUCGACAACCAUGCCUUUAAUAAUUCAACCUUUUUAACCAGUCCUGAGUCUGUAAAGUCAUCAGAAUCAGGUCUUGCAGGUUCUCUGGUGUUCAGGAUGUUGAUGUUUUAUACAUAUAGGCCUUCCAAAGGUUUUCUACUCCCCACACAAACAUUUUUAUAUCUUUGACUUUUUUUGUGACCAAAGUCAGUAACAGUACGUUUGUGUUUCCUCGUUUCCCUCCAGUUCCAGUUGGGCUCUGUGGAGCUGACAGCCGUGUCGGAGCCGGCGGAGGCGGUGAGGGAGAUCCUGAUCCACAGUCUGCAGAAGGGGAACACUUUACAGCAGCACAACCACAAACUGGAGGAGGAGAACCAGAGACUGAGACGAGAGCAGCAACGCGUCACUGCAGAGUAAAAACACACACCCUACACACAGCUAACAGAUCUGGUAAUGCUGACACAGCGUCCACAUCAGAUGUCGGACUGCUUUAUUCGAGUGAAAUACAAAGAUUCAAGGGACACGACACAGCUGUUACCUAAGAAAACCAAAACCUGGCAGAGCCCAAAGAUGAUUUCAACUUUGGAAAAAUCAUGUAGAGUCGUUAAUUUCUCCGGAAGUUUGGAAAAUUUGAAUAUUAGGUCCAAAAAUGGGUUAUUUUCUAAAGGACAUUAAAUAGUUAAUUUCUGAUGAACAGGAUUAGUGUCACAGAGGGAAACUGAUCGUCAGGCUAAUUAGUGAGUUUGUGUUUAGAUUUUUGCCCUAAUGAGGAGGAAACACUUCCGAACAUGUUCACUAUGAGUGAGUGAAUUCGAUUAUUUCUUCACAGGGUAAAGUUUCUUAUUGUGAAAAGUUUGACCUGAGGUCGUUACCCCGUUUGGAGCCCCGCCCAGAAAACUGUGAUCCCAAGUUUUAGUUCCUAAAAUCAUCACAGGGAUUCCUCAGAGUCAUUACUGUGUGUGUGUGUGUGUGUGUGUGUGUGUGUGUGUGUGUGUGUGUGUGUGUGUGUGUGUGUGUGUGAACUGACGUCACAUCAGUGUUAAUGUGAGUUCAACACAUCCAGCGGAGCAGAGGGUCAGCUCCAAGAUUAACUCUCAGAUAUGAGGUGUACAUUUUGGAGCAGCUUCUGAGCGUCCUUUAAUUAAUGAUGAGAUUUUAGAGGAAGGAAACAGAGUCAAAGUCACACCUCCAACUGAUGAGGUGAAUGUCCUGAAGGUUAGUCGCAUGACGGGGUCUAAAAAAGGAUAUUCAGAGAGGGGGAAUCUCUCAGAAGGAAAGAUGGAAGAGGUUCAGGACUCUGUGAGAGACUGCUUAAGCUAACCCCCAAUUUCCACCACAUCAGAACAGCUACGACAAGGCCACAUCCUCCGAUCAUAGCUGAUCGUUACCAUUCAAGUUAACGUGUCAAUUUCCACCAGCUUCUUUCCGUUGCACUGCUGUGGACGCCGGUGCAUGCCGGAUAAAUUCAGCACAGAUUAACCCGUGCUGGAAAGGAAGUCGGGCACAGACACAACAUAAAACAUCAGGCUUCUUUUCAAAAUAAAACACUCCGUGUUUCAGGUGGAUCGUAUUACACACCAUGCAAACAGGCGGAGACAAACAAGUGAAAGGUUUUUAGACGUCAUUUCACCCCAAUGACACCAUGGAUGAGAAGAUGCUGAUUCUCGAAGUCUAGUAGAUUUCCUCCUCUGGAAGGACAUAAUCUACUGCUUAUAUGUCUAUGUGUCUGUCUUUAUAGGGACAACUUGUUAUCGCACGAUUGCACAUGAAACUGCGGGUUCUUGUGAGUUCUCGCGAUUACCGCUGUCCGUAAUCCGCCAUAAAAUUGGCCUCACAAACAGAUCUGGUAGGACUUGGCGGAUGGCGAAAAUUGCUGCCGCUCUGGAUCAGAGCCGUUCCAGAUGCGGUAAAAAUUUGGGGUAACAGUCCAACAGUUUCAGAAUAAAGUUCCUGAGUGGAUUUCUUCAUCUACAGUCCAUAAUAUCAUCCAAAGAGGAUCUGGAGAAAUCUCUGUACUGAAGGGACAGGGACCAAAACCAGGACUGAAUGGUCCUGAUCUUCAGGGCCUUGAAAACAGACAGGACUCUGGAAUGGAAAUCACCGCAUGGACUCAGAAUCACUUCAAAAACCAUCGACUGUGAACACAGAUCAUCACUGCAUCUACUAAUGAGGUUCAAACUGAACCAGGAAAGAAGAGACCAGAUAGAAACAGGAUCCAGAACCACCAGAGACUUCUCUGGACCUGAGUCCAUUUAGACUGAGGGGACGAGGAAAACUGUCUUGUGGUCUAGUGAAUCAAAAUCUAAAACUCUUUAGGAAAGGACUAAGGCGAAACGUCUCAACUAAGUCCAGUUGUCCUUUCAACGAAGACUUGGAAAUCAUAGAUGCUGCGUCCUCAGUUUUAAACAAUAUCUCCAGGUUUAAGAUCAACAUCUGUGUCUUUUCAGACCGUGACUUUUUUAGGGAAGGCCUUCAUAUGAUCCUAAACCACAAUCUGACAACAGCAUGGCUCUUUAGGAGAAGAGUCCUGGACAGAUGUGGUCCUGACUUGUCUCUUGUUUUGUGAGUCGUGUUGUUGAUACAGAAUCCUGUAAAAUGAGCACCCAGGUUUUAAAACCUAUAUGAACACAUCACCUAAUCCAGUUACUGAUAUGAAGACAGGAACAGAUUUACCCCUGUUCCUCAGAGCUGCUGCUGGUGUCUGAUGAUGAACGACUCUGAAAGCUCUCCUCUGAUGGCUCGAUCCAUCACUGAUUAACAGCAGCGGUGUCUGGUUGCUGCAGUGAGACAGUCGUCUAUUUUUCCAAACGUCCAGGAGACGAUUUUUGCUGCAAAUUAAUGACAUGAGGAUUUGAAAGCUGCGUGUUUGUUUCUGUGUGUUUCAGGAUGAAGCGGUACGCCGGUGGUAAAGAAGCUCUGGAGGCCGAGCUUUACUCGCGUUUUGUCCUGGUGCUGAACGAGAAGAAAGCAAAGAUCCGCAGUCUGCAGGAAACCGUCACACACCUACAGGAGAAGAGGUAUACUGAGACGUCUAAGACUUCAUGGUUUUUACACUCUGACAUGGUGUUUCUCCUCCAAACUAAGCUGUACCUGUUCAUUCAGGGGGAGCUUCUAUGAUUUGUCCUCUUCAACUCAUGUUUUCUUGUUUUGUCUUGGCAAGAAAAAAGCAAAAAAUAUUACAUCUCAAACCGAAGAACAACUGUUUAAACUAAUUAUUUGGCUCAGAGGACAGCGUAACUUUAUGGGAUAAAAGUUUCAUUGGAACAUUUCCAAAACUUUUUUAAUUUCUCUUUAAAUUCAUCCAAACUUUUAUAGUCCAUUAACAUUAUCCCUGAUACUCUCUAAACCACCUUCUUUGGUGAAACCAUAGACUGUAUAUACUAUGGACAACUUGGUUCCGCCUACUGCCUGUAUACGGAUUUGAAGCCAAAAAGCUCUCGAUAUUUCCAGGAUUUUUCCUCAUUUCCUGAAACCAGAGCUGCGCAGUAGCGAUGCGUGCAUUCGGCCGCGCAGUCGCCAAGAGUCACUUUGAUGACGCUCGGCUCAAACAGCGUGUCUCCCGGGAGAGCGACUCAAUCCCUGAACGCCCAUAGGCUGUAUCAGGUGUCAAUCAUUGAAAACAUGAACCCCCCUAAUAACUUUUAAAAAUGGAGCUUCACAAAAAAAAGAGGACUUGAGCACAAACCAGUCUUACAAUAACUACAUGUCAACAUCACAAGCAGGGGGGAAAAAAAUUAUGUUCUGUGUAAUAAAUUACUAAGGUUUGUCCACAGCCCCAUAAGCUUUGCUGGUUGAGGGGGGAUUUAUGGCCUAUACUGCAGCCCAUCAACAGAGGGUGCUGUUCUCGGAAUGGCUUCACCCAGCAAGGAGGCAGACGGCGUCCAUUUUAUAUACAAUCUAUGGGUGAAAUGGUCUUGUGGGAUUUGGAUUUUCAGCAGAGUAACAUCUGCAGGUGUGUUUAGAGGAACUUACACCUUAUUCACAUAUUUUUGUUUCUUGCAAGCUUCAUCUGGACCUCUAGAGAAUACUAACUCUCCUCUGUUCAAAAUGAUUUGAACUAAAUAAGAUUAGGGUCACUAAAAAAAGUGAGUAAGAGACUUAUUUUUUAUCUUUUUUUUCUGGAUUUUCAGUUUAAAGUAAGAAUUUCAGAGAUAUAAAAAAAAAAUCAGGUUCUACUUUUUCAGUCUGAAAUCUGACUUGAAUUGCACUUUCUGGGAAAAAAUCAGAAUCAAAGAUUGAAGUCAGAAUUCUCAGAAAAUUGUCAGAAUUUUCAGAAAAAAAACUCAGUUCUUAUAUUUUUGGAAUUCAUUGGAAGUCAUUAUUCUUAGAUAAAAGACGGAACUCUAAGAACACAUUUUUUUCUUUAGAUCAAAUUUGGAUCCUGAAAAAAAAGGUAUUGUGAAGAAAAAAAAUCAAAAUUGUCAAAGUCAGAAUUCUCAGGGAAAAAAAAGAAUUCUUAAAUUUGGAAUUCUCAGAAAAAAAUCAGAAUCCUGAAAUCAAAGUCAGAAUUCUCAGAAAAAUGUCGGAAUUCUCAGAUAAAGAUAUUAUUUAUAGAUAAAAGACGGAACUCUAAGAACAAUAUAUAUAUAUAUUAGAUCAAAUGGGGAAUCCUGGAAAGAAAACUACAACUGUGAAGAAAAAAUCUAAAUCCUCAAAGUCAGAAUUCUCAAAGAGAAAAAAAAAAAUCUUAAAUUUGGAAUUCUUGGAAAAAGUCAGAAUCCUGAGAAUAAAUCAGAAUUCUCAGAAAAAAAUGCUGAAAUUCUCAGAUAAUUGUCAACAUUUUCAGAAAAAAACCUGAAUUCUUUAAUUUGAAAUUCUCAGAUGACGACAUUAUUUUUGGAUAAAAGACCAAACUCUAAGACAAAUAUUUUUUUUACAUCAAAGUCGGAAUCUUGAAAAAAAAAAAGAAUUGUGAAGAAAAGAAAAAUGAAAAUCUUUAAAGUCAGAAUUCUCAGGAAAAAUAAAAUUAUGAUUAUUAUUAUUUAAUUAUUAAAAAAAAUUCUUGGACUUAAGUUUUUUGUUAAUAUUGUCCCUUAUCCUUCUCCGUAGAAAUUUUUACAUAUUUAAUCCACUUAUAAUUUUUCCUGAAGUCCUUUCAAAUAUUCAAGGAGUCUGACAUUUAACAGUGAGGUUUUUCCUGCAGAGAGCUGUUUCUGCAAAUGAAGCUGAUUAUACAUCCAUAAGACUUCAAAUUUAAACCUGAGAGUUUAUGGACACUGAAAUAAAUCACAAGGACUCUGGUCUUUUGCAGGAACUCAGAGGGGAAGAAAAAAGAGGACUCAGUGAAAUCAGACCAGAUGGCAGCUCAGGAGGAGGACGAGUACGGGGGCAGCACUGAUGAAGAGCCAGAGGAAGAGCAGCUGACUGCAGCUUCCACUUCAUCCACCCAGGGUAAGAUCUCCAUCAGCUGACUUUCUGAGAGCAUGGAGACCCUCUAUGAUAACUGAUCCAGUAAAUAAGUAAAUGAAGAGGAGGUGUGAAGGCAUUAAAAAUAACCAGAGGAAACACUGGCUCUUCUUCCUGACGGUCAGGGUUGUCAUGAUGUUCCCAAAGGCCUCAUCUUUUUCCUCUGUCAUCAGCUCUUCAAAUUUCCAACGUGAAUUUAUCCACGUAUUAAAAAUGUCGUUGUUCGUAAUACUGAAGUACUUCAACACCAAUCAUAUCACCAACAUUUUUCUGUGGUAACCACUCGCUGGAGAAGAGAUUUCUCUGAUAAGGAACUUUUCCAAGAGACUGUCCGUCAUCACCUCGGCCUAUUUCUAAGACUCUGAAUAAUCAUGACAGAGCAGUACAUGACCGUAAAAAGUGAGUUUUCAGACCAAAUUAGACUGAUCAGCUGCAGAAACAGCCUGAUGUUGGCAUCUGAGCAGGAGUCGCCACAGGAAACUGGAGCUGCAGGUGCUUUCCCACACCUGGAGUGAGCGGUGACGUCACCCACCGAGUCGCUGAGUCAUCAGAAUUAAAGGAAAUUAUGUGUGUUACAUAUUUUGAGAAGUAUGACAAUGAGUGCGCUGCUUUUGGGGAGCAUGUUGUCAUGGCGGCAGAGUGUGUUUGAGACUUUUCAGUGCCCAGAAACAAACGAUGACCUCAGUGAGGAGUUAUGUAAGAGUGAGCAGAGGGGCCUCCACUAACUGACACCCUGAAACACCUUUAAACACAAGCAGCUUUUAUCGUUGACGUUCAGGCUGCAGACGGCGGCUCCCAGGAGGUCUCUGUGAUUAAUGUGGCACCAGCAGGAGGAGGCGGCGGCGGCAGUGGCGAGCGGUGUGAUAGGGCAUAAGUAUCUAUGUAUCAUAAAGCUCCAGCAGCUCUGUCCUGGUCACAGCUGUUUACCUCUCAGAUCUUUCCACUUUCUCACUAACGCGGUUGGCCUGUUUGAUACGCCGAGGUGUCAUGUGUUCCCCGUCGUCUGAGGAGGAAUAGCUCACAGGACUUUUUUGUUGUUUUUGUUGCUACGACAGUGACUCACUCGGCCCUGUGUUGCCAGUUUGUGCCAGCAGAUAUAAAAGGAGAAUGGGGGGGAAGUUUGAGGAAAUUAGUGGUUUCACUUUGUGUGUGCCGAGCCGUGUUUACAGAAAAGUGAGAGUUAAGAUUCACACAACAAAGCUUCUGUUGUGGAAGUCUAAACUCUCUGGAGCAAUUUGAGUGAAGUGUGUGUUUAAAAGCAACACGCUCUGAGGAGUUACGGAAAAUAAAAAUGUUUGUCUGUAAAAGGAACAAAUAUUGGAUCUAAUACUGACCACAGAGGCUGUUUGACGGGGAUCCUCCUCUAAUCCAGGUCUGGAAGAAGAGGAGAUUUGGAUUACAUGAGGUCUAAUCUGCACAAUAACCUGAGAAUCAAUUUCAAUUUAUGAUUAAAAUCUGGGAAAGUUUCCGACUGGACUCAAGAAUGCCCCGACCAAAUCUAGUUUUAACUGAACAAAAGGGUGGACUGCAGGUCUGCAUUUCUUCUGAUGGGACCAAAAAGGUGGAAACGUACCAUUAGAGUUUAUAGAUCUAGGAUGACAUAUUUAGAUAGAAAAGGGAAAAAGUACAGUGGUUAGAAAAUAUGCCGGCGUCCAACAAAAGUGUCGUACCUUUCAUGAUGCUGCAUCAGGGGGUCCUUUUUCAGGGGUCCUUCUUCAGGGCGAGCCGUAAAACUGCAAUAAAAGACAGAGACACUGAAAUUCAAAAUUAUCUUUGAAUGAAGCCCAGGAACCAUCUGUUACUAAGCAACAAGAGUGUCAAGGCUUGUUCCACAGUCCUGUGAAGGGUAGACCAGCUCAAUCCAGUUUGGCCUGACUGGUCUCAGGGGUCACAAGGGCUGCUCUUUCCAAGGCUGGGUCCUUCAAAAGCUGGGUCUGUCAAAGGCUUGGUUCUUAGAAGGCUGGUUCUCCCAAACUCAGGGUCCUUUUAAAGGCAUCAUACCUAGAAGCUUUGUUCAUCAGAGGUUGGGUCCAUUAGAGUCUUGGACCUAUGAAAGCUGCGUCCUUUAAAUACUUGGUCCUUCAAAAGUCAGGUUCUAAAGUUUGGGUCCUUCAAUGAAUGGGACGUAUUGUAGCUAGGACACUUGAAAUCUCGGUCCUUAGGAGGCUUGUUAACCCAAAAUCUGGGUCCUUUCAAGACUGGGUGCUUUAUAGAGACCCUUCCUUGAAGCUUCAUUCAUCAGCAGCUAGGUCCAUCAGAGUCCUAGUCCUGUGAAAGCUGGGUUCUUACGAAACUGGGUCAUUCAAAAGUCAGGUUCUAAAAUUUUAGUCCUUCAGAGAAUGGGACCUUUUGUAGCUGGGACACUUGAAAGACCUGGUCCUUUGAAAGUUAGAUCUUUCAAAAGCUGGGUCUGUCAAAGGCUUGGUCCUUAGGAGGCUGGUCCCCCCAAAUUCUGGGUCCUUUAAAGGCACUGUACCUAAAAGCUUCGUUCAUUGGAGGUUAGGUCCAUCAGAGUCUUUAAAUUCUUGACCCCUCAAAAGUUCUAAAGCUUGGGACCUUCAGAGAAUGGGACGUAUUGUAGCUGGGACAAUUGAAGACUCUGUCCUUUGAAGGCUGGGUCUUUCAAAAGCUGGGUCUGUCAAAGGCUUGGUCCUUUGGAGGCUGGUCCCCCCAAAUUCUAGGUCCUUCCAAGACUGGGUCCUUUAAAGACACCAUACCUAUAUGUGUUGUUCAUCAGCAGCUGGGUCCAUUAUAGUCCUAGACCUAUGAAACAUGGGUUCUUCCAAGACUGGGUCCUUCAAAAUUCAGGUUCUAUAGUUUGGGUCUUUCAAGGAAUGGAACGUAUUAUAGCUGGGACACUUGAAAGACUCAGUCCUUUGAAGUCUGGGUCUUUCAAAAGGUGGAUUUGUCAAAGGGAUGGUCCUUAGAGGGCUGGUCUCCCCAAAUUCUCGGUCCUUUAAAGGCACCAUAUCUAGAGGCUUCGUUCAUCAGACGUUGGGUCCAUCAGAGUCCUGGGCCAAUGGAUGCUGGGUCCUUUAAAUACUUGGCCUCUCAAAAGUCAGUUCUGAAGAGGCUUGAACCUAUUGUUGCUGGGACACUUGAAGACUGGGUCCUUCGAAGGCUGGGUCGCUAGAGGCCUGUCAUUCAAAGACCGGGUCCUUCAGACAUUUGUUUCUUUUAAAGUUGGGUCCUGGAUUUGGAUGCAGGUAAUGUGUGGAAAACUUGGGAGGCUGGCUCCCCCAAAAUCUGGGUCCUUCUGAGACUGGGUACUUUAAAGGCAUCAUACCUAGAAGCUUCGUUCAUCAGAGGUUGGAUCAAUCAGAGUCCUAGACCUAUAAAAGCUUGAUUCUUUCAAGACUGGGUCCUUCAAAAGUCAGGUUCUUAAGUUUGGGUCCUUCAGAGAAUUGGGGGGUGGGUCGCUAGAGGCCUGUCAUUCAAAGGCUUGUUAAAAAAAAAAAAAAAAAAAAGCUCCCUCUCUGUCUCUCUCCCUCUCUCUCUGUGCGUCACUGACACCUGUCCCCUUUGUUCUGGUUUUACUCUCUCGAGCUGUUUUGUGGUCAGUCAGGUCACCGAGUUUAACAAGCAGCUUUUACAGACUGUUUCAGGGACCUGAGUCAGUAAAUUUCCUGCAAACAUGGAGGACAAUGUGGAAAACAGCCUCUGGAUUACACAUGGAGACAUAUAUCAUCAUACAGUCGCGUUUUAACGACAUUUCCACCUUUUCCUGCUCCUCUUUGAUCCAUGUGGGACGCAUGUUUUCAGGUGGAACCAUCUGCCUCUCUGUUGUUCCAUACGCUCGUCACGGUGUCAUCACGUUAAAGGGCCGAGGAAGUAAAGGGGCAGGGGGUGAUGAGAGAGGAGUAAGACAGCCGAGGAGAGGAGAGGAGACACCAGCAGAUAUGUGAGAAAGCUGGAGGCCAUCACUCAAGCACAACAGGCAGAAAAGAGAUUUGUUACCUGAUGAAUUUCAGCCCGGGGUUCUUCUGAGGACUUAAAGACACGCUGGUACCUGAGCAGGAGGGUUAGAGACUCUUUAAAACUGAGGGUGCAGCAUCUAUGAUUUCCAAUUCUUUGUUGAAAGGACAGCAGGACUUACAGGUGAAACAUCUCAAGUAAGUGCAGUUGUCCUUUCCAUGCAGUGAUUUUCACUUCAGAGUCCUGUCUGUUUUUAACCCAUUAAGACCUGAACCCUGUCUGAGACAUGCCUCUGAAAUCCUGAGGAUCAUUUUGAGAAGGGCCCCCAGAUCCUGAGGUUUUCUGAAAAAGCUGAUAUCUCAGCCUCUGUAGCAGAUAAAAACAAAAUUCAAAAAGUAUUUGAGAGCUAAAACAAGCUUUCAAGAUAACUAUCUUUUAUUUUUCCGUACCUUCAUCAGAUUUUUGAAAACCUUGAACAAACAAACUCAAAUGAAAUAAAGUGGCUGUAUAAAUAAAAGUAAAGACUCUGCACUGGAGAAUAACAAACAAUUUGAUAAAGUGUCCAUUCAAUACAAAUGUAGAUAUAAAAAAAUAGAGUUGAAAGGGUAUGCAGCUGCCCUAGUAUAGUGCCAGUACAAAAGCAAAAACUAAAAACUUAAAAAUAAAUAAAUAAGUGGCUGACAGUGUGUUCAUCUCUGUGCUCACCCAAAGUCAUGCAACACUCACAGAAAACGUCAAUAGUUGUUCACACUGUUUACAGCCAGAGACUGGAGGUCCACCAGAUCUCUCAUUUUCAGGGAGAAGUUGACCAAAAACAUUCCUCUCAUCCACAAAUCCCAAUCUGGUGGCCCAGAAGGUUCAAAAUAGAGGUCGUCAAUGUCAUAAUUUCUGUCAAUAUCACUACGUUCACUAAUGCUGAAUGCUUCUCCUCCGAAGCUGCUCUCUGCUUUCAUCAUUUACUUUCCUCACAAAGCAUGUAGCAAGAUCCAAGCAUGAAUCUAAUCGCUUUAUUAAGCUUUAUUAGCUUAUCAGAGGCAGGCGGGUAUGAUGAUUUGAUUUGCCACGACUCCAGAAAUGAUUGAAAAACUACAGAAUGUUACAAAAUGACCUCUCUGCGCUCCUGGCUUGAAGGGUAGAAAUGCGCAGCAGGGCCGCCGGCUUGGAAGAUUGAAAUGUGUACAUGCUGUCCCGGGGGUAAACUACAAAAAAAUUUUUGAUUUCUGUGGAAAAAGUUUAAGAUGAAAUCAAAAUAAAAACAAAAGAUUUGAUUAAAAAAAAGUUCAACACAGUCAGAGCUGCAAACUAAAAACUUGUUUGUUUUGUGUCUCCUCAGCCUCUUCAGCUGCCAGCCCGUUAGACGACAGCCUCAAGGACAUCACAGACGUGGCCCCCUGUCGAAAACGCCGCUUUCGUCACCUCGGGGCCCUCGACCCCGCAGUUAAAAAAGCGAGCCCACAACCCUCAGAGAGAAAAAGGUAAAACACCAGACUGCAUCCCUUGUCAUGUCAGUCAUAGUGUCACGUCAGUGUUUGUUUUGACAGUGUGUGGAAAAGUAGUUCCUGAUCUGUGGUUUCACUUCACACUUUACUGACUCUGUAGCUAGGAGACCCUCAAACACUGAUUAUCAAAUCUGUGUUUUUAGGCAUCCAAAAAUAACACAAGAGUAAUCACUUUUAUUGUUUUUAAAUGAGCUUUAUUGGGGUUACGGCGCACCUCCCUUUUUUACUGUGGAACUGAAACACAGAGGGACGAUCUUCUCAACCGUCAUCUGUGUUCAGAUUUCAUCUUCCCAUCACUGCGGCCUUCUCUGUCCUUUCACUUCACUGGCUCCUCCUCCUCUUCUUGAAUGGGAAACACAAACACCAUAAACUCUGUGUGUCAGGGAUCUUUUUUAUGUGGGUAAAUACAAACAGUCCAUGGUGGCUCUCUUUGGACCUGGUUGGAGAUUGCUGUUAACCUGCACGUGAAGUACAAACAGGACUGAAGGGCAGCAAAGCCGAGCUCGCUCCUCAGCUGUAAAUCACUGAUCGACCACGACACAAUCUGUAAACACGAGGAGGAGGAAUCUGGGGGGCAAAGUGUGAGUUUCACGCAGAAGGAAAUACCACCAAACAAAACUUUUGUUUACGACUGCUAAACAUCACUGAGAGGGAAAGUCACUGUUUUACUCUGGAGCUUCAGUGGAAACUCCAAACACUCACCUCAGGAGACCUGCUGAGGUUUUAGUAACAUCACAGCUACAACAAACCUUUAAAUAACAUCUCCAACAUUUCUCUCAGUGUCCUCCUCAUCUGCUCAUUUCAGCUCUCGCUUACAUUAACAGUGGACCGCUGUACCUUCAACACUUUGUUCUACAGAGGGUGGAGAGAGGAGAGCAGCUGUGACAAAAUAUAAACAGUAAAAGAUCUUAAAUCUUCCAUUUUAAGUUCAAAUCCCAGAUUUCAAGUUGCCUGGAUUCAAAGGAGGAACUGGACUUGGUGAAGGUUCUUGAAGGCGUUUAGCCUCUUGCUCAGAGCUGAAGAAGCCUCUCCUUCCUCUUCCUCCUCCCUCCUCAAACCUCUUGAAUUCUCCUUCUGACCUUGUUCCAGUGUCCAAGUUUUCCCUCUGCCUAAUCCAGAGAGAGGCCAGCUGUCCACCUUCAGGGCGUUAUCAGGUUUACAGCGUUCCUGUGAGGGGGAACAUCAGAUCCAGCUCUCCCAGCCUGGUCCUGCAGGUUUAUGAUUUCUGCUGCUGCUGCUGCUUUCUUCUGUUGGUUUGAUCUGUUGGAGCUCACAAACUCGGCCUGAGGCAGCAGACCAGAUGGUGAUGAGCAGGUCGGUGGAGUUUGCCUCAGGAGAAAGGACCUUUACACUGUGGAGUUUAUGUGGACGCAGAAAUCCACUAAUGAGUGAGUGGAAACCAUCAGGAGGCUGCAACAUAUCCCAUGUGGUCCUGACCGUUCAGGCCAUUCUGGGUACUAGAGAGGAUGAGAUGGAAAAAAGUGACUUAGAUGUUCUCUCACCAUGAAGAUAGCUGAGGUUUAAUCAUCACGGAUUUUAGAUAACAGUCUUCAAGUUUUGUUUACAACCUCAGUGUCCAAAACUGCAGUUCCUCAAGUGUCCACUUGAGGCUGACUCCAAAAGUGAGCCAAUCCUGGUAGAACUUUCCAGAGGGAAUUAGUAACAGGGCUGUGGGGAUAUCAAAGUGUCACUUUACGUCACUUUAAAUAAACAGACCUCACCCCCAAAUUCCGCUGCAUCCGGAAUGGCUGUGAAAAGGCUGUAUCCGCUGAUUGUAGCUGAUCGGUUUUCAGGCGGAUCGUAUUUUACACCAUGCAAAAGGGCGGAGACGAACAAGUGAAAGGUUUUUAGACGUCAUUUCACCCCAAUGACACCAUGGAUGAGGAGAUGCUUAUUCUAGAAGUCAAGAAGUAGAUUUCCUCCUCUGGAAGGACACAAUCUACUGCUUAUAUGUCUAUGUGGCUGUCUUUGUAGAGACAACUCGUUAUCACGGGAUUGAAUGUGAAUCCACGAUUUUUGCCAAUUCCCUCUGGAUCCGUUUGUGAGGCAAAUUUCAUCAAAUUUCAGCGUGAAUCUGCGGGUUCUUGUGAGUUCUCCUGAUUCCUGCUGUCUGAAAUCCGCCAUGAAAAUUGCCUCACAAAUGGAUCUGGUGGGAACUGGCAAGAAUCGCUGCCGUUUCAUAGCAGAGCUGUUCCGGAUGCAGUGGAAAUUGGGGGUUAAAAGUUCACACGAGGGAUGAUGGUCUUUGUAGUUCCUACUUCCCUCCACUCUGGUCCACUACAGCAGAGACAAAUCAACACUUUCCUACCUUUGGUUUGAUACUAUCACAGGUCUACGAUGGCACUGAGACAUAGCAGUAUCACAGAACCGACAUUAGAUAAAAUACUGUUACAUCCCCGUUUAAAAAAGUGCUCUCUCUAUAAAAACAAGAUCUAGUCUUCAGAAGGUCUUUGAGGGGGGGUUAUCUUAUAAUCAGGGUUGUUUCAUAUUUGAGUCAUUACGACAUUUCUGAGUCUGUUAGAGAUGCUGUCCUUAUCUAUGUCAUGAACCAUCUAAUGAAUAAACGGCUGGGUCAUACUGUGUCAUUACUCACCUCUUUGCUUUUCCCCUGCUCCUCCACUUUAUCCAAACAAGGUCACUUCUAAAAUUAAAACUGAUGACGUCAAAAAGCCUCUGAGCUCCAAACCCAGAUGAAAUACAACGACAGUUGAUUAUGUUGCGAUACUCGAAGUCAGCGAGUGUGUUUUCCUGCAGCAGGUCUUUAGAGAGAAGCUGUUAUCUCUCUGUUUACACCAAAAAAAGUCCUGGAUGAUGGAUCACAUCAUCAGACCAUAUUGCAUACAUGGACAGUUUGGAGAUCUGGGUAGACCUGAAGCCCAGAAACCAGCGGAGUUAAGUGGGAAAAUGAACUGGGUCUUUGGUGGUAAUGAAUGGCGUCAUUCUCGGGUCUGAAUGCUGUAUGACAGGGACAUUUCUAAGGAUGCUGAGGACAUGAACCCAAGUCCAAGCCAGAGUCAGUCUUUGCUUUCAAAGAAACAAUUAUGCAACCUCGUCUUUCCCCGGCUCUCUCUCUGUUCUCUUUUUCAGUUUCUUGAUCUACACUCAAAGUCAGACCGUCUGCAGCUCUGAGUCCCUGUUUCUGCACAUCCAAGACCUCACAAUGCUUGCUCCUUUUUUCCAUUUCUCCGGCCUGCCAGCUUCUCUUUGGACUAGGCCAGUUAGAAAAUAUUCCAAAGACAUGUCUCAAUCUGACAUUGUUCCUGUCUCCCUCUAACAGAGGGGGGAUAGACCCAGUCCAACCUCCUCCGAGUGCCAGCCACUGUAAACUGUGCCACAUGCAGAUGGCCAGAAGUGGUGCCAUCCAUCCCCAGCUGCUGUCAGGGGUUGGUGCCCAUUACGGGGGCUUAUUACCAGCUCUGACGGCCUCAACAAGAAGCAGCAGUGAGCCGAGGAGCAGCUGUUUGAUCGCUGCAGAAGCUGCCCCCCCACCAGGCUGGCAAACAGGGUCUGCAGAAGGGAGGCUUUGUCUGAGAGGGGGCUGUUUACGUGGGGGCUCAGAGCUGCUGGCAGUCCUACACCCAGCUAUUGUUUUUUUGAUUUCCAUCCACUGCUCAACUCAUUUAUCUUCGGAGGGUUCCUCCAUGUUUCUCUGCAGGCAGGUCGUCCAUGGAGAGAGAAGAUAGGAGUGAGGGGGAAUAAUGGGAUCAAAUUACGGGAGAGGAUGAAGCCUGUGGGUCUGGUUUUCCAGAAAAGGGGUUACAGUGAUUCUGGGUUUAAGCAUAAAGUUGUUUCCUCCACUGGCAGUCAUGCAUCGUACCUUUUUCCCUUCACUCUAAGAAGGGUCCACACUUUCCAAGAAGAACUGAAGAAUCCCAGGCCUGUUGUUGUAUUUAAAAGCCUCUUAAAUGCUCACUUUAAAGAAAGUGUCCAACACUUAAAGUCUUUUUAUUUUAAGAGUAAGAUGAGAUAAUUCUCAGUUUGUUAUGUUCAUGUCAUCUGUUUUUUCCUGCUCUCUUGGACUGUCCUUUUUUUGGUUUCCCUCUGGGAAAAGUUGGCAUGAGUGAAUCAUACCUCGUCCUUUUUUGGCAUCACAUUGGAAAAGUGUCAACGAAAGCUUGAACUCCAUCUGAAGAACUUCGUUUUCUCAUUUGAAUUGAAAAAAAUCUGCCUCAUACAAGAGCCCAGAAACCUCUCGAUUCUGCUUCUGGAGACUCCCAAAUGAGGAUGAGUAAACAUGCCAACACUCAGGAAAAUCGGCUCCUUUGUUAUCCAAGAGAUUCAAUGUUUCUUUGUUUACUGAUUAAAAAUGAUUUCCGCUGCAGGUCAGAAUCUUUCGCCUGUUUGGUUUCCUCUGGAAAAGUUGGUAAUAGUCUGUCUCACCCCGUCCUUUUUCCCAUCAUAUCUUAAAAGCUCCAAAGCCCCACCCCUGCCUUUUUAGACCUGCUGAAAUGGUCACUUUGCAGAAGCAUCACACAGAUCCACCUGAUCCUACAGCUACACUGCAAUGUUCUGAUGCUGGCAUCCCUCUGAGAAAGUUCAAGCUGCUGCAGUUUUGUUUGGAUUAGCAGUAUGUGACCACAACCCUCUCUACUGAACUUUUCUUGUUCUGACUUUUGCGGAGUGACAUGAGAUGAUCCUCAGUUCAUCAUGACCGCUUUGUUUGGCCUCUUCAGGUCUCCUAAAACCUUAAAUGUUUCUGAACAGGAGCAGAUGUUGUGUCACUCUCUCGCUGACUCCAGCUGGUCAGCUGCUGUCUUUGUGUGACUUUGUCAUUUAUUAGUCUGAGGAUGGAUCCAUAUGACGUAGUGACCCGAACAAACUGUGAUGUAAACAGAUGAACUGAACCAGACGGACUGAAAACCAGAACACACACACCUGAAUACACGUACUUGCUGACUGGUUAUUGUCAGCCACAGCUUGUCCUUCCCUGAGGAGUCAUGUGCAGGAAUGUAACAGUAACCGGUGUAACGGUAAAUCAUGAUAAAAGUGUUGAUAGUAAUGAUAACGUUUACUGUUUUCAUCUCAAAAACUGGUGUGAGGGAGGGGAGGUGUAAUGAUUUAGCUGUGAGAUCGCUGAUGAUAACUGGCUAAUGCUUAUACUCUGUGUGCACGCUUCGUGGUGCGCUGCAUGUAUGUAUACUGAUACAUACAAGUCUGACUUCGAGCCACGUAAGAGAAAAACUCAUUAUUAAGGUGUUGCGGCUUUUAUUUAGCCGUGGCUGUAGUGCGCCACGAUCAAUUACAUGUAGGGGAAACUCUGUGUUAAUCAUCCGAGCUUCACCUGACCCUCUAAGUAUCUGCGCAGGCACACCGUGAAGCAUUUAAACUUUCUAUUAAGUUUGAAAUGGAAUCAUGGCGGAAGGAGGAGAUAACGGCGCCAAAGACAUCCAUCAGCCCUCUAAGAGGACCAAGUUGGAAGUAUGGGUGUAUUUUGGGUUUAGCAGGAAUGUCAAGGAAACGAUUCGUUGAAGGUGGUAUUACUGUCUAGAUAUGAUGAAACAAUGAGAACAAGGCAUUAUUUAGCGCCAGUUAAAAACAUAAAAAAAUGCCUCAAAUACAUUUUUAAAAAUACCGCGAUAAUACAGAAAACCACGAUUAGCGGUGAGAUAGAAUUUCCAUACUGGUACAUCCCUAGUUGUGCCUCUAUAGUUCGAAAUUCAACUCUGAUGGACCAGAUUUGACUCCUGUGGUUUAAUAAGUAAGAAUAGACCAAAGAGCUUCCACAAUGUUUCCAAACUUGAACAGAAUUUUUUACUGCUUGAAACUAGACUUGAUCGGACUUAACCCCCUUUAAAUCGUCGGUAGUGUCAGUAGGUGUGUUUCCAAACUUUGAACAGAGCCAGGCCGAGGCCGUCCUCUCUCUCAAAGAUAAGUGUUUCCCUAUAACGCUGCAGUGUUUCUUCAUAAACUUGCUGUGGGACACUUUCUCAGAAAACAUGACAAUUUCGAGUUCAAUUAAACGACUCUGCCCCCCCCUCCCCAUCAAAGUCCCUGAAUCUCUGACUCAUCCUAGUUCCUGCUCACACGUCUUGGGGAUGUGAACCGUUUGUGUACUCUGAGCUCUUUUUUUCCCAUGAAAGGCAACUCAGAGAGGUUCUGUCAAUGAUCAAACAUUGCUCCUAGCCAUGGUGGAUAAUUACUACAAGACACGGCCCUGCUAAAGCCGUAUUGUGUGCCUGUAUAUGUGCACAGUGAUUUACACUCACACUAUGGUACACAAUGCAUCCUUAUAAGAGUUUUAAUAGACAGUUGUUGUUUUUGCCCUUCAAACAUGAUCAAACUCAGCUGUGAAAUCGGCCGGGAUUGUGUAACAGAUGAAGGUUUUCAGCUCCAGAGUGGGUUCCCUUUGUGAGGGGAUAACCCACUAAGUGGUUUCCAGCCUGGGGACUGGGACCCCCAGAAGGGUCACAAGAUGGAUUUUCAGAUUGAAACAGUUUUUGGCAUCAUUAGCACAUGAGCUUUGCAUUUUGAUGUUUAGUGGUUUUAUUAUUAAAUAGUGGAAAAUUCAACAUUAAGAGGCCUCAAAGGGGAACUAAAGAGUUUGAGAAGUGAGGCUCAUGUUUUACUGAGCGUCCUGAAAAGACACAAGGGGACCAGGAACCUUUAGAUUAAAUAGGAAUAGCUGUGUUUUUAAGACUCGGACCGUUAAUGCAGAUUUUAAAAAGCUUAAUAGGUGCUUUUAAAAGGUGAUCAAGGUUCUGCCUCAGCCUGCAGCUAAUAGACUGUAAUGGUUACAGUGUAAUAAAUGAAUUAAAGGGAUAUUCCAGCGUAAAAUUAAUUUAAGGUCAAACACAUUGAAACACCGACUUAAACAACCCCUCCAGAGAUGAAUGUUGCCAACCGCUUGUUUCUCUAGUUAUACCAACUUUAGUAACGACUGCAGGAUAGCAAUACAGAGACCCACACGCUCAACCAAAACGCCACUCUAUAACCACAAAUAAUGCUCACAACAGCACCUAACUUCAUUAACAGUACAUAUAGGGUCCCAGCCAUAGUACUAGCCACCAAAGAUCUUUUUAACUCUGACUAACUUCUUUAGCAAAGAGACUAAACACAACUCACCUACCCUCUUCCAGCAGCCGCUUGUUUGUAACGAGACCUUGGGCCAGUCCAUUACGGACUACAGUAGUAGAUAAUUACAACAUUUAUGAUCAUUUCUUUAUCGUUUCCUUGAAGUAAUAAUACUCAUAUUAAUCAUUUUGCACUGCAGACGCGACAGUUCUUCUGCCUUAAUGUCUCGAUCUGAUUGCAUUUCCAUGCGGUCAUUACUAAAGCUGGUAUAACUAGAGAAGCAAGCGGUCGGCAACAUUCAUAUCUCAAAGGGGUGUCUAACUCAGUGUUACAGUGUGUUUGACCCUGUAUUGAUUUUAGGCCGGAAUAUCCCUUUAAGAGUGCCUGAUUAGUUAGAAGAGGUGAGGUACACCAUCAAAGGUGUGACAGAAAGAGGCAAACAACCAAUCAGGCACACGCUCACAUCUACAGACAGUUAAGUGUCUGCCGUUAACCUGACGAGCAGGUCUUUGGACUACCCAGAAAGGUUCCUGCCCAACCUGGAAUCCAAGCCAUGGACCUUCCUGCUGUGAGACACCCUCCUGUGCAGCCCUAAAUAUCUUGAAAAUGUUCCAUAAAUAUUCAGGAAUUAUUCACAAGCUCCAUCUAUCCCUAAAAUCUUAUCUCAGGAUCAUGAUGGUGGACUCAGGGACUGCUACCUGCACCUUAACUGUUUCUGUCUUGAGAAUGCUCCUCUUUAGCCUCUCAUGCUCCUGUUUAUCUUCUUCUGGCUUUGCACCACUAGCACAACAUAAACAUCAUUAUCGCGGUCCUCACAUUGGCGGUAAAUCCUCCUGAUAUUUCCUCCUGCAUUCACAAACUGACUCACUCUGACUUCCACAAAAAUUUUCAUGGACAGCUGGUGAAAAAGUUAUGUCUACAGUGAGGUUUGAGGCAGUGACACUGGCAGAUCAGCAGAAUUAAACCGAUGUUAGUCUUGUGGCUCUGAAGCAGAGGUGUGCUGGUUGUUGCUGGUUUUAAGUAAUCACCAAAAAAGGUGAAAUUUUCCUGUUGCAAGAACUAUGUUGCAGCUGUUAUCGCCUGUUUCGUGGCUUCUGGUUAAAGCAAUCAUGUGGGGUACUACCAAAGCCUACCCCUCCACAUGUGGCUGAUGUGGUCCUGCAGGUUUCCGACCCCCUGUACUAGAAUAAACUAAUCCGUCUUCCUUUCAGCGGACUGAACCUCUGUUUAGUUUCUUAAGCCACAGACCUUUACUUCAUUGGUGAAUAGGCUGCAGCUCUGCUCGGUCCCCGGCCUGGCUCUGUGUGGGGGCUCCUGUGUGCCCGGUGCCUGAGUUUAACCUCACCUCUUGGGGGUGAGAGCACUCCUGUCACGUCCCCAUCCUGCCAUGUGUUCAGGCCGGUGGUGGUCUCCUGCAGCAGCAGUGUCAAACAGCUCCCCCUCUCUCCGCUGAACACGUCUCUUGUUUCCUCUUAACUGGUUCCAGCAGUGCUGCAGUGUUUCUGGUCCAGUUGGUAAUGAUUUAAACAAGCUCAGGGCCUCUGCUCGGAUCUCCUCUCUCACAUCACUCACGUCUUCUUCUUCUCAUUCAGAUAAUCAUCGCUACAUCAAGGCUGGAUUUGAUGGUGAAAGUCUGUAAUUGUCUUCCCUUCAGUUCUCUAAGAUGAUCAGGUUUUCCAGCUCAAGGUGCUUCUCUGGAGUCUUGGUGGUCUCCUGGUCACCUUGACUUUUGCUUCAUCUGUUGUUCAUAAAUGCUGAGGCUGGAGGAACAAGGGGGCACCAUGUCAGAUGGUUUACACCAGGAGAAAUCUGAUUACUUCUCUGCAGAGAGAUGUUUUCCUGACCUCAUGAGACCUGAUCAUUGUUUGGUUCACUCUGUGUCUAUAAUUCAUUUCACAACUCAACUUAAGAGCUGCUUUGUUUCACAUCCACCAGGAACUCUGAAGACCUGAUGCAGUCGACUUGAAAACAGUCCAUGUACAUUAUUUGUCAGCUGAGCCGUACACUGAAGACAUAGAAGAAGCUCAAAUAACAUCUUCAGAUGUCGGCUGAGUCAGUGAAAGUUUUCAUUUUGCCUCAUUUGGAGUUUAUUUCUAGUCAAAUUUUAAAGUAAAAGCUCUUCAAGAACAAGAGGAAGUGUAAGUGAUGUCAGUGUUGGUUGAUUAAUGAGAUUACUAAACACCUUGAUUAUCCUCUUAUUUCACCCAUGACUCAGCCUCCACCUGUGUCACUUACCCCCGAUUUUCACAGCAUCCGAAACGGCAGCGAUUUUCGUCCGCCAAUUCCUACCAGAGAAUUGUGAGGAGAAUUUCGUGGUGAAUUAUGGACAGCAGGAAUCAGGAGAACUCACAAGAACCCGCGGUUUCACAAGCAAUCGUGCGAUCAUGAGUUGUCUCUAUAAAGACAGACACAUAGACAUAUAAGCAGUAGAUUGUGUCCUUCCAGAGGAGGAAAUCUACUUCUAGACUUCUAGAAUCAGCAUCUCAUCAUCCAUGGUGUCAUCAGGGUGAAAUGACGUCUAAAAACCUUUCACUUGUUCGUCUCCACCCGUUUGCAUGGUGUGAAGUACAAACCGCCUGAAACACGGAGUGUUUUAUUUCGAAAAGAAGCUGGAUGUUUUAUUUUGUGACUGUGCCUGACUUCCUUUCCAGCACGGGUUAAUCUGUGCUGAAUUUAUCCAGCAUGCUCCGGUAUCCAGAAAAAAAUAGAACUCUUGCAAUCGGCUACGAAGCCCGCUAAACCGCAGGGGGCCGGAAAGAAGCCGGUAGAAAUUGACACAUUAACUUGAAUAGUUACGAUCAGCUAUGAUUGGCGGAUACAGCUUUUUCGUAGCCGUUCCGGGUGCUGUGGAAAUUGGAGGUUAGUUUUGCUGCUUUUCCACUGAUAAACAGUUUAACACAAACAGUUCAGGGGUGUUACUUUUUAGACAGCUGUGUAGUCAUGAAACAAUACAAAAGUAAUGCCUUCAUGGAAAACAUCUCUGAAUGACUUGCAAAUCAUCCAUGAGAUUGUUUUGGCACCUUUUCACUGAUAAACAGUUCGACACAGUUCAGGGGUGUUACUUAUUACACAGCUCUGUAAUCACGAAACAACCCAAGACUCACACCCUUGCAGAAAACAUCAAAGACUGCUGUGUAGACCAUCAAAAAGUUUGCUUUUCAAGCGACAGAAGAACCUGCAAAUGUGUAUGCAGAAAAGUAGAUUUACAUUCACCAUGUAGACUUUAGAGUCAUCACAGUCUUUUAACCCUUCUAGCCCAACAAGUGCACAUCCUCAAACACCGGACUACUCCUUUAAGACUGAGCACAGAGCAGCACCCCCGAGGAUAAAGUCAUCCCUCGGCCUAUAUUCGUGUUGUCUUUCCCGAUUUCUUGAUCUCCUCUUGCCCUCUUUACGCCACUUCCUACUGAGCAUCCUUGAUCCUUCCUUCAUCCUCUGCUUGUCAGACAUAUUGUUUCCUGCGCCCUUAACGUCACAUGGUUUUACAUUCGAGCAGAGGCAGAAUACAUGAGGCUGGAGGAGACCGCGAGGCUCGACAUGAUAAAACACACAGGUAGUCGAGUCCAGCAUUUGAUGUAGACCACUUAGAUGGGGGAGCUGCUGGGCCCCAAUUACACACACAAAUACACACACACACCCUAACACGAACACACAUCUCCAUAUCUACACACUGGCAUAAAGUUGCCCAUGUGUUUUUAGUCUUGUUCCCUAUGGGCCACAUGAUACACUUCCCGUCUCAACAGGAAAACGCUCCUGUAAACUCGCUUCAUUAGCCCACUGACCUGUGUUGUGUGUGUGUGUGUGUGUGUGUGUGUGUGUGUGUGUGUGUGUGUGUGUGUGUGUGUGUGUGUGUGUGUGUGUGUGUGUGUGCGCAGGCCCGACCCCCCUGCAGGAUCCAGUAAGCAGCAGACUCCCCAGCGAUCCACAGAUGCUGCAGCAGCAACUUUAGAAGCAGAGGACCUGUUUGACAACUUCUGACCUUUCACUUUUCAAAGACAGACAAAGAGAUAAUGAGAAAUCUGAUUUUUACUCAAGAAGCUUUCAUUUUUAUAUUGUAUUUAAAGACCAUGGAUAACACUGAAAUGAUGUACAAAGAACAUUUUUGGUCCUAAAACUGAAAUGGUGACAAAUUUAGAGAAAAAAAAAUGAGAGUCUGAUUGUGAUACUGAGUUCGAUUACAUGUUCAAAAACUGAUAUAUUGCAUCAAUCUGACUGAAAUUGGACCAAAUUGAAUUUUAUGUUGUUGGACAAACAUACCCAUUAUGAAACUGAAACCAUUGUAGACGUUCUGAGCAUGCUCAGCAGUUUGCACGUCUCGCUACGACCCAGAAGCAAGAAGAACAGCAUAAACAUAAAGACAGAUGAAGAAGUUUGUCGAUUAUUUUGGUCCGUGACAUGACAGGUGAACCAGGAGAUGGACCAGCAGUCAUAAGAUGAUCUAGAGACCCGCUUCAGGAAAGUGUUAAAGCAAACUCGGACACCUCUCAGGGGUUGAAAGAUGGCUCCCUCCUACACCUGUAAGAAAAAUCCUGAACCUCCUCAGAGGAUCAGAAAGGAACCCAAACAACCUUCAGUACCCGUAGAAAAACCUCAAACCUCCUGAAGCUUUCCUCAAAGGGAUCCCAAACAUGCUGGGUAACACCUUGAACCACUAAAAGGAGCUUUUGAAAUCUUAUAAAGGAUCUCCAGAACCACCUGGAGUAAUCCGAGACCUCCAAACAGACCACUUGAACAGUUGAAAGGACACUAAGUAGGGUUUACAAGUCCACUACCACACCAAAGGCUCUGAAAGGCCUCUGUAAACUUUUUAAUUUUAUAAAUUGAACCUUUUUAACUUCAGAGUUGUGCUCUACACUCUGUGCACAGAUCCUGACAUCAGCCUGUUUCUCUGCCUGUUUUUUUUCCUCUAUAUUUGUCACCUGUUCUGGACGAUGGAUCUCAAACUCUGGGAAAAGCUCAAGCUUUAAAAACUGGUUCUGAAAUUCGAUUUUUAUCUAACCUGUAUUUUUUACUAUUUUUUCAAUAAACUUUGUGAAUGUA